CAACCACCCUUAUAAAAAGACCAAAGGGAAACUAAGCUUUUCAACCUUACAAAAACACACACAGAAUCUUUCACCUUCAAUCUGCUACUUAUAUUGUUAAUUAUAGCCAAGAUCUGCAUCACUUUGGAGAGUACAUACAAAAAUGUCUAAGGGAAGAGGCAGUGCAUCUUUACUUAUGGUUAUGGCCACCUUGAUCUCUCUUAUGUGUCUGCUGUUUCUAGUGAAACCUUCAAAUGCAGCCACUUACACUGUUGGAGGACCUGGUGGAUGGUCCUUCAACACAAAUUCUUGGCCCAAAGGAAAAACCUUUAAAGCUGGUGACGUGCUAGUUUUCAACUAUGAUUCAAGCACACACAACGUGGUUGCUGUGGAUAGAAGUGGAUACAGCAGUUGCAGGACCCCAAGAGGUGCUAAAGUGUUCAGAUCAGGGAAGGACCAAAUCAAGAUCGCAAGAGGUGCAAAUUACUUCAUAUGUAACGUCCCUGGUCACUGUGAAUCUGGCAUGAAAAUUGCCGUCAAUGCAGCUUGAAUGGGAUGGCCACUAGUAGCAUGAGUACAAGUGAUGUUAAUUAAUUAAUGUAUGCUUAUUAGGGUCAUCAUUGCAUGUUGAUAAUAAAUUCAGAGAUGCCAAAAUCCGAUCAGAAUUUAUUAUU